AUGGAUCCUCUUCGACCUAGUGACCAGGCCGCAAAUCGCGGGCCACGGUCAAACACUCGCAAGCGCUCGAGAGAGCCCGAUGACAUCUCAUCUCCUGCGCCUCUGCCCCCAUCAAGUCCUCUCGCCCUCGGCUCCUCUCCUCCCCCAAUGCCAUUCGAUGAGGAUGAAGAAGACGAUGAAGAGGCCGAAUUAAUUCCUGACAUCGACGAUGUCGAUGAGCUGGCGGAAGAUGAGGAUGGAAUUGAUCUUUUCGGUGACAAUUAUGAGCGGGAUUACCGCCCCGGAGAUGACCGCUACCUGAAUGAAGCAUACAUUGAUGACGAUGGCGAUCACGAUGAGCUCGAUGCUGCCGCUCGCCGACAAUUGGACGAUCGCUUGAAUAAGAGAGACCGUGAUAUGGCACGUCAACGUCGUAUGCCUGCUGCGUUCAUGAAUGAUGAUGAAGAUUUUGAGAUGGAUCUUUCGCGACAGCCCCGACGUCGCCGCCACCACUAUGACGAAGACCGCGAGGAUAUCGACAUGGCUGACGAAGGAAUGGAAGAGUUGUCACUUGAAGAGUUGGCAGAUGUCAAGGCCGCCAACAUCACUGAAUGGGUUACUCAACCCCAAGUUCUCCGCUCCAUUUACCGCGAAUUCAAGGCUUUCUUGACAGAGUUCAUUGACCCCAGCGGUCAAUCCGUGUACGGUAACCGAAUUAAGACUCUUGGUGAGAUCAACUCAGCUUCCUUGGAAGUGUCCUACGCCCAUCUCAGUGAGACCAAGGCUGCACUGUCAUAUUUCCUUGCCAACGAGCCGACUGAGAUCUUGAAGGUCUUCGACCAAGUUGCUCUCGAUGUUACCCUCUUCCACUACCCUCAAUACCACGAUAUUCACAACGAGAUUCACGUGCGCAUUACCGAUGUGCCCAUUAUCUACACUCUCCGCCAACUUCGUCAAUCUCAUCUCAACUGUUUAGUUCGUGUUGGGGGUGUCGUCACUCGCCGAACGGGUGUCUUCCCCCAGUUGAAGUAUGUUAUGUUCCUUUGCCAGAAGUGUGGUAUUACUCUGGGUCCUUUUCAGCAGGAGGCUAGCUCCGAAGUGAAAAUUUCAUUCUGUCAGAACUGCCAGUCUCGUGGUCCAUUCACAGUCAACUCAGAGAAGACUGUUUACCGCAACUUCCAGAAGUUGACUCUGCAGGAAUCUCCUGGUACUGUUCCCGCCGGCCGUCUGCCUCGUCAGCGUGAAGUUGUUCUUCUGGCUGAUUUGAUUGACACCGCCAAGCCUGGUGAUGAGAUUGAAAUCACUGGUAUCUACCGCAACAGCUACGAUGCUCAGUUGAACAACAAGAACGGUUUCCCUGUUUUCGCUACCAUUAUUGAGGCCAACCAUGUGGUUAAGGCUCACGACCAGAUGGCUGGUUUCCAUCUGACCGAGGAGGAUGAGCGCCAGAUUCGUGCUCUGUCCCGCGAGCCUGAUAUCGUGGACCGAAUUGUCCGAUCCAUUGCCCCAAGUAUCUACGGCCACCAGGAUGUCAAGACAGCUGUCGCACUCUCCCUUUUCGGAGGUGUUAGUAAACAAGCACAGGGCAAGAUGAAUAUCCGUGGUGAUAUUAACGUCCUGCUUCUUGGUGAUCCUGGUACUGCCAAAUCUCAGAUUCUGAAGUAUGUUGAGAAGACUGCUCACCGAGCCGUUUUCGCUACCGGUCAAGGUGCCAGUGCUGUCGGUUUGACAGCCAGUGUUCGCCGCGACCCCCUCACUAGCGAAUGGACGCUGGAAGGUGGUGCUCUUGUGCUGGCUGAUCGUGGUACCUGUUUGAUUGAUGAGUUUGACAAGAUGAACGAUCAGGAUCGAACAUCCAUUCACGAAGCCAUGGAACAACAGACCAUUUCCAUCUCCAAGGCUGGUAUCGUGACCACACUGCAAGCUCGCUGUGCCGUGGUUGCUGCCGCCAAUCCCCAGGGUGGCCGAUACAACGCUACCAAGCCUUUCUCUGAGAACGUAGAGCUGACCGAGCCCAUUUUGUCUCGUUUCGACAUUCUUUGUGUUGUGCGCGACUUGGUCGAGCCUACCGAGGAUGAGCGCCUGGCUAACUUUGUGAUUGAGUCUCACCACCGAGCUAAUCCCGCUCGACCCCUGCGCAACGACCAGAAUGAAUUGGUCGAUGCUGAUGGCCACCUCAUUGACGAGGAGGGCUACCGUAUCGACGACGAUGGUCAGCGUCUGCCUCCUACACAAGAAGAGGUUGAUCAGCGUGCCGCUGAGCAAAAGAAGUCCGAAGAGGAGAAAGAGGGCGAGAUCCCACAAGAGCUGAUGCGCAAAUACAUCCUCUAUGCUCGUGAGAGGUGUCACCCGAAGCUGUACCAGAUCGACCAAGAUAAGAUCGCCCGUCUCUUCGCAGAUAUGCGUCGUGAAUCCUUGGCUACUGGUGCUUACCCCAUUACUGUUCGUCACCUCGAGGCUAUCAUGCGUAUCGCCGAAUCUUUCUGCAAGAUGCGCUUGUCAGAGUACUGUUCCGCACAAGACAUUGACCGUGCCAUUGCGGUCACCGUCGACUCAUUUGUCAGCAGCCAGAAGGUCAGCGCCAAGAAGUCACUGGCACGCGCGUUUGCCAAGUACACACUUGCUCGUCCCAAGGCCCAGUCCAAGCGCCGUGCAGGCAUUGCCGUAUCAAACCCGCAUCUACCACGGGCUGCGUCUACAGCACGAUAA